AAAGAAAGUACAUCAAAUAGGUUGGCACUUAAAAAAAGUCAUACGCUAGAGAAGAAGGUGGAAUUAAAAAUAUUUUUACAUUUAAGAAAAUUAUAAAAAAAUGUCUUAUUUAUCAGCACGUUUAGCUACUACAGUAGCUCGUACAUUACCAAGAGCUGCAACACAAGUUGUUACAAAAACAGCAUACCCAGCCGCUUCUCUAGCUGCUCGCAAACUUCAUGUUUCUUCACAAAAUCGUAGCGCUGAAAUUUCUUCCAUUUUGGAAGAAAGAAUUAUGGGCGCAGCACCAAAAGCCGAUCUUGAUGAAACCGGUCGCGUAUUGAGCAUUGGUGACGGUAUUGCCCGUGUAUAUGGUUUAAAGAACAUCCAAGCCGAUGAGAUGGUUGAAUUUUCAUCUGGAUUAAAGGGUAUGGCUUUGAAUUUGGAACCUGAUAAUGUUGGUGUUGUCGUAUUUGGUAACGAUAAGUUGAUUAAAGAAGGUGAUAUUGUAAAACGUACUGGUGCUAUCGUUGAUGUCCCAGUUGGUGAUGAGAUUCUUGGUCGUGUUGUAGAUGCCUUAGGUAAUGCUAUUGAUGGUAAAGGUGCUAUCAAUACAAAACAACGUUACCGUGUUGGUAUUAAGGCCCCUGGCAUUAUUCCACGUAUUUCUGUACGUGAACCUAUGCAAACUGGUAUUAAAGCUGUAGAUUCAUUGGUACCAAUUGGUCGUGGACAACGUGAGUUGAUCAUUGGUGACAGACAGACUGGUAAAACUGCUCUUGCCAUUGAUACCAUUAUUAAUCAAAAACGUUUCAAUGAUGGUCAGGAUGAAUCCAAGAAAUUGUACUGUAUUUAUGUUGCUAUUGGUCAAAAACGUUCCACCGUAGCUCAAAUUGUAAAACGUUUAUCUGAUGCCGGUGCAAUGGAUUACACAAUUAUGGUAUCAGCUACAGCUUCUGAUGCUGCCCCAUUACAAUACUUGGCACCAUAUUCUGGCUGUGCUAUGGGUGAAUAUUUCCGUGAUAAUGGAAAACACGCUUUGAUCAUCUAUGACGAUUUAUCAAAACAAGCUGUCGCUUAUCGUCAAAUGUCAUUGUUGUUGCGUCGUCCACCAGGUCGUGAAGCCUAUCCAGGUGAUGUCUUCUAUUUGCAUUCACGUUUAUUGGAGCGUGCAGCUAAAAUGUCCCCAGCAAUGGGUGGUGGCUCAUUGACUGCUUUACCAGUUAUUGAAACUCAAGCUGGUGAUGUAUCUGCUUACAUUCCUACUAAUGUAAUUUCAAUUACUGAUGGACAAAUCUUCUUGGAAACUGAAUUGUUCUACAAAGGUAUUCGUCCAGCUAUUAACGUCGGUUUAUCCGUAUCACGUGUAGGAUCAGCUGCCCAAACCAAAGCCAUGAAACAAGUCGCUGGUUCAAUGAAAUUAGAAUUGGCCCAAUAUCGUGAAGUAGCUGCUUUCGCUCAAUUCGGUUCAGAUUUGGACGCAUCAACACAACAAUUGUUGAACCGUGGUGUUCGUUUAACAGAAUUAUUAAAACAAGGUCAAUAUGUACCAAUGGCUAUUGAAGAUCAAGUUGUUGUCAUCUAUUGCGGUGUACGAGGUUACUUAGAUAAAAUGGAUCCACAAAAAAUCACCAAAUUCGAGAAAGAAUUCUUGCAACAUGUUAAGACAAAUGAAAAAGCUCUAUUAGAACAGAUCGCUAAAGAUAAUCAAAUUACUGAAGCUAGCGAUGCUAAAUUAAAGGAUAUUGUCACUAAAUUCCUUUCAACAUUCACAGCUUAAGUUUAAAACAAUUAUUAUUUUAGUUUUAUAAAAUUAUAAGAUACGAUCUUCUUGUUCAUGUUCAAAAUAAAACUAAAGAAGAAACGAUACUGGAAA